AUGUCUUAUUCAUCUUAUACAUCUUCUUGUCACAAAUCCCAACUAGUUGAAUCUAACAAAUCAUCAAAAAAAUUCCCUCCUCAUCCCCUGAUUUAUGAUUUACUAAAUCAUCCAGAAUUAAAUGUCAUCUCUUCAAAUUCACCAACCCCUUCUGUUCCUCCUAAUACAUCUUUUGAACAUAUUCAAGACCUUCCUAGAAUGUUGACUCCUGACCAAGUUGGUAUGAUGAGUACCUGGCAAAAUAUAGAUUUUCGAGGUCCUCCUGAUAGUAUCUUGUCUUAUUCCGAAGGUGAAGAUUUAGAUCUCGAAGAUACAAAUCAAUCUCAUGUAAUGGUAUUUGAAUCCGAAGAAGAAGGAGAAGAUCAAGAUCAAGAUGAUGAAGUAGUGAUCACUAAAGAAGAUGAAGGAGAAGAAAAUACAUUUAUUAUGCCGAGAAUGUCCGUUAGUUCUCAAGGUAAUAAUAAUUCAUUAACUACUACUACAACAACAACUACUACUAAAGAAGUAUUCCAAGGAUCAACUAUGAAUAGAACAGAAUUGAUAAUAAUUGUACGUAGUUCACAAGAAGAAGAUUUAAGUUCUUUUAAUGAUCCUUUAGGUUUACUAAAUGGUUGGAAUGCAAUUUAUAGUUUCUUAGUAGGGAUUGGUCUUGGUUUAGGGUUUGGAUUUGGGUUUUUUUAUUAA